ACUAACCGGUGUGUAUGGUUAUUAUUUAUAUUUAGAUUAAAACUUUUAAAUAAAUAAAUAAAUAAACAAAUAAUUAUAAUAAUAGAUGUAGAGUAUGUCUGCUCAAUUAAAAACAUAUUUACAGAAAGAAGAUACUGAAGAUCCCGUUGAACGCAUGCUAAAAAAAACUGGUUGUAUAGAAUUACACUACAACGUUCAGGAAUGUAUUGCUAAGACUCAAGAUUGGCGAAAAUGUCAGGACGUAGUGAAAAAAUUUAAAGCUUGUAUGGAUAAGCAUCAAAGGGAAAAAGAAUUACAAAAUAAUUGA